GACCAUGAACUGCGGAGGUGUUUCUUCACCCUGGAAUUCCCAGAAGACUGAUGAAGAAAGCUACGUGCUUCCUGACCAAGAACCCCCGGAUGCACGAUGCAUCAGAAGUCAGAUGGGAAAGGGCCGGAGAAGUCUCGGAAGUCACCGCCCAGGGCCAGAGCGAGGGAACGUGCAGAGCUCUCGAGCAACCACGGCGGCAUCUGCAGGAGCCGAGCCACCAGCACCACGACGCGCGCGAGCUGCGAGGGCAGCGCGAGGACCCGGGAGAGGGAGGGGCAGGGGGGAGGGAGGGGGCGGGGGCAGGAGCGAACGUGGGGGAGGAGAGAAGCGCCGCGAUUGGAGGAGUAAGGACCCUGGGAGCCGGAGCCUCCGGGAGGCGGAGAGAGAAGGAUCGGCUAACGGGUCGGGUGGGAGAAGGAGCGGCCUCUGA